AUGUUUGAAGAUUCAAUGUCCGGAGACUUUAAACAUUUGUCUGAUUUUGAAAAAAAAGCUGUUCGGCACAAGGUUUUAAGCCAUAUUAAUGAUAUCUUACACUCUAUGGGACACGACAUAAAUGAGUAUAAGCUUAUUCUAGAGAAGAUUAGAGCUUCUGAAACUGCAAAGGAAGCAAAGGAUGUUCAUUUUGAAAAAAAUAUAAUUGUUAGUGAACAAGACUUGCUCUUAUCGAAGAGAUUGAAUGUUCAACAAUUACGCGCAUAUAACACAAUAAUUGAUAGAGUGUUUUCUGGAAAACAAGGAGCUUUCUUCAUCAAUGGUCCUGGAGGAACAGGUAAAACUUUUUUAUAUCGUGCAUUACUGGCAACUAUCCAGCCUCAACGAUUUAUAGCUUUAGCAACUGCAACUUCUGGUGUGGCAGCUUCUAUCCUUCCAGGAGGACGGACUGCUCACUCACGGUUCAAAAUGCCUAUUGAUAUAGAUGAUAAUUUUUGUUGCAAUACUAGUAAACAAAGUUCACUCGCACGUCUAAUUAGAGAUGCAAAAUUAAUUGUAUGGGAUGAGGCAUCAAUGGAAAAAAAAUAUAUGAUUGAAGCUCUUGAUGCACUUCUAAGAGAUAUUAUGGACAACGAUACAAUGUUUGGUGGUAAAGUUGUUAUAUUUGGAGGUGACUUUAGACAAACUUUACCAGUUGUUCGAAAUGGGAAAAAAGAAGAUUUUAUUCAUGAAAGCUUAUUAUACUCUGAAAUUUGGAAUAAACUUGAGAAAUUGUGCCUAUCUGAAAAUAUGCGCGCAAGAACAGAUCCUUCUUUUUGUGAAUAUUUACUUCGAAUUGGAAAUGGAACAAAAAGAACUAACUGUGAAGACAAAAUAGAGAUUCCUGAUUCUUUUGUUAUUCCUUUUACAACUGAAGCGGAAUCCUUAGAUGCAUUGUUCAGUGUAACAUAUCCUGAUUUGCAUGCAUUUUCUCCUGAUUCAUCUAUGAUAGCCUCUCGUGUUAUCGUAACAACGAAGAAUGACUUU